GGCGUGACCAGGACGGCGUCAGAUCUCGUGAGAGCGGCGACUGGUGACGGGCGGAGGGCGGGAGCGUCCGGGGCGAGCGCGGGUGUGUUUGAAUCUGGUCCGAGCGCGGGAAACGAUGAGUCCCGCGCCGCCGGUGAGGUUGUAAAGUAAAGCUCCCUUAGAACAGCCUUGCCUGUCAUGGAGAAGCGCGAGGCGUUCAUCCAAGCAGUAUCCAAGGACCUGGUUGAAGAGUUUCUGCAGUUUGUUCAACUUGAUAAAAAUUCUUCUGACCCUUUUAGCUUAAGUGAGUUACUAGAUGAAUUAUCAAGGAAACAGAAAGAAGACUUGUGGCAAAGGCUGAAGGACUUACUAACAGAAACAUUGCUGGGAAGCCCCGUGGACGGGUGGCACACAGCAGAAGUCCAGGGUGAAGACGAGAUGGAGUCAGAGCCCACUGCAAAGAUGAAAAAGAGCAUAGAAAUAAUGUAUGCAAUUGUGACUGUAAUUCUUGCUUCUGUGUCGGUUAUAAAUGAGCAUGAGAACUACGGGCCCCUCCUGGAGUGCGCUGUCAUACUGAACGGUAUUUUAUAUGCAUUACCUGAAUCUGAACAAAAACUCCAGAGCUCCAUUCAGGAUCUGUGUGUCACGUGGUGGGAGAAGGGCCUGCCUGCCAAGGAGGACAUGGGGAAGACCGCAUUCAUCAUGCUGCUGAGGAGAAGUCUGGAGACUAAAACAGGUGCAGAUAUGUGUCGGUUGUGGCACCUCCAUCAGGCUUUAUACUGCUUUGAUUAUGAUUUAGAGGAAAAUAGGGAAAUUAAAGACACGCUGCUUGAGUGCUUCAUAAAUGUUAACUACAUUAAGAAGGAAGAGGGAAGAAGAUUUCUUAGUUUUCUUUUCAGUUGGAAUAUAGACUUCAUUAAAAUGAUCCAUGAGACCAUUAAAAAUCAGUUAUCUGGAUUACAAAAGUCUUUGAUGGUAUACAUUGCGGAAAUUUAUUUCAGAGCUUGGAAAAAGGCUUCAGGGAAAAUAUUGGAGACCAUAGAAAACGACUGCAUCCAAGACUUGAUGUUCCAUGGCAUCCACCUUCCAAGGUGGUCUCCAGUGCACUCCAAAGUACGAGAGGUGCUGAGCUACUUUCACCAGCAGAAGGUCCGCGAGGGGGUGGAGGAGAUGCUGUACCGGCUGUACAAGCCCAUCCUGUGGCGAGCGCUGAAGGCCAGAAACUCUGAGGUUCGGUCAAAUGCUGCGUUGUUGUUUGUUGAAGCGUUUCCUGUUAGAGACCCAAACUUCGUUGCCAUUGAAAUGGACAGUGAGAUUCAGAAGCAGUUUGAAGAACUGUAUAGUCUGUUAGAAGAUCCUUAUCCUCAGGUCCGUUCCACAGGCAUCCUUGGUGUUUGUAAAAUAACUUCUAAAUACUGGGAAAUGAUGCCUCCCACCAUUCUUGUUGACCUCUUGAAGAAAGUCACAGGGGAGCUGGCAUUUGAUACAAGCUCAGCUGACGUUCGUUGUUCUGUUUUUAAGUGUUUGCCGAUUAUUUUGGAUAACAAACUGAGCCACCCGUUAUUAGAACAGCUUUUGCCACCACUCAGGUAUAGUCUCCACGAUAAAUCAGAGAAAGUGCGGGUGGCUUUUGUGGAUUUGUUGCUGAAAGUCAAAGCUGUGAGAGCUGCAAAGUUUUGGAAUAUAUGUCCCAUAGAGGACAUUUUGGUUCGCCUGGAAAUGGAUUCUCGGCCUGUGUCUCGGCGCCUGGUGAGCCUCAUCUUCAAUUCUUUUCUGCCUGUGAAUCAGCCAGAGGAGGUGUGGUGUGAACGCUGUGUCACGCUGAUCCAGAUGAACCCUGCAGCUGCCCGGAAGUUCUAUCAGUAUGCCCAUGAGCACACUGCCAGCACCAACAUUGCAAAGCUCAUCCACGUCAUCCGCCACUGCUUGACCGCCUGUAUCCAGAGGACUCUGAGAGAGUGCGCGGAGGCCCACAAGGAGUGCGCGCAGGAGAACGCCAGCGUACUAGACAAAACAUUGUCAGUGAAUGACACUGCGUCCAUGGCAGGGUUACUAGAGGUCAUUGUGAUCCUCUGGAGGAGCAUCCAGAGAAGUCUGGAAAAUAAUAAAGAGGCCAAAGUAUAUACCAUUAACAAGUUUGCAUCUGUGCUUCCAGAGUACCUGAAGGUAUUCACGGACGAGCGCUGCAAAAUCCCUCUGUUCAUGCUAAUGUCCUUCUUGCCAGCCUCUGCGGUCCCUGCGUUCAGCUGUGGUGUGAUUUCUGUUCUGAGAAACCAGGAGGAGAGUGUUGCAGACAGGAGCUACUGUACCUUGCUGGAUUGUCUCUGUUCCUGGGGGCAAGUGGGGCAUGUCUUGGAGCUCAUUGUUGACUGGCUGUCUACAGGGCCACCUCAGGCCAAGAGUAAUUCGGCCUCUAAACGUAAAGUACAAAUCAAUGACACGUGCCCAGUGAAACCUGAGUUAGCAUUGUUGUACAUGGAGUAUUUGCUGAACCAUCCAAAGAAUCGAGAGUGCGUCCUGUCUGAACCCCAGAGGAAACUUAAGCAGCUUUUAAGAGCAUUUGAGAGAUCCAAGGCAGAUCUGGAAUCAUUUCUUCAGUCUCCAAGUGAGAAUCCCGUCCACUUCAAUAAAGUAGCCAGCCUGCAUGCCUUUGGUCUGUACUGCAGGCUGAGCGUCCAUCUUCAGUACAAGUUCUGCUCAGAAGAGAAAAUUCAUCUGUCCAUCUUGAAUGACACUGGGUCUUGGUUAGAAAACAAAGUUUUACCUCUUCUUCAAGACCAAGAAGAAGAACAUCAGAAGCUUCGGAGGGAUGUCUAUCAACAGCUUGUCCAGACUUACCUGGCUGUGUGUAAAGACGUUGUCAUGGUGGGCCUUGGAGACCCUACGUUUCAGCUACAGCUUUUACAGCGGAGUCUUGGGAUAAUGAACACAGUGAAGGGAUUUUUUUACACUUCAUUACUUCUUGGCAUUCUGAAAGAGAUAACUGGAAGCUCCGUGGUUCCCAGGACGGAUUCAUUUGAAGAAGUCACAGUGCUGUUUGACUCCGUCCAGGAAGUAUUUCAGAAGAUGUUGGAAUGUGUUGCCGGGACUUUCAGGCAGCAGCCGGAAGAAAGCCUGCUGCUCUUUCAUUCUGUUCAGACCCCUCUUUACGAAUUCAUCACCACCGUCCAGUCCUGGCACAAGGACACCGCAGUCCACCAUGCUGUGCUUUCUACUCUGAUUGCUGCACCUGUGGUUGAGAUCGGUCACCAGCUGCGGAAGAUUUCUGAUAUAGAAGAGCUGACCUUACCACAACGUCUUGCUGACCUUCCUCCAUUAUCAAGGUGUUUAGUGGGAGUAAUAAUGAAGUCUCCGGAUGUUGUCAGGUCAUUUUUGGAUGAACUAAAGGCGUGUGUAAUUUCCAGUGAUAUUGAAGGCAUUGUGUGCCUCACGGCUGUUCUGCAUAUUAUUUUGGUUAUCAACAAAGGUAAACAUAAACAUGCAAAGGUGAAGGAGGUAGGAGCAACUGUCAACAGAAAGCUGAAGACGUUUAUGGAGAUCACUUUGGAAGAGGACAGCCUCGAAAGGUAA